AUGCAAUAAGUAAAAUAUCCAGACUUAUCAAAUUCAAAUUAGGAAACUCUAUCCUAACAAUUGUUUGAGAAUACUAAUUAAAACAUUAAAUUUAUCCCUGUUGUGACACAAAAUUAAGACUAAUUUUCCUAAUCUAUUUAAGUUCAACCUUAAGUUUCCUUAAAUUAGGUUGCACCUUAUUAAGAGUUUGCAAAUUAUCAGGUGACUCAGUAGCCGAUAUAAACAUCAAAUCUAAUCAAAGAUUAAGAAUUUUAAAAACAAAAGAAAUAUUUCAUGCAAAUUUUAGGAAUUUUCAUACUUUGGACAAUUGUGGCCUUCUUGAUAUACAUUUUUUUCUGCUUCACUUUAUUUCGAAUAAAUAGACUUGAAAUAGUUUUUUUUGCUUUCCUUUUUAUUUCUGUGAUAGGGGUCCCAAUACUCAUAAAAAUUGGAAUUGGGGAAAACUAUAGGAAUGUAACACAAAAUCAUUUAUAAUAGAAACCCGCCAGCAUUUUUAUCUUAUUUGGAUUAAUAUUGAAUCACACAAUGUUGUAUUUCGGAAUCUUAGGUGUUAUAAUUUAUAUAAUUAAUGAUUAUUGGGCAGGUAAAAAUAUUAUACGAUAUAAGGCUUGGCUAUAUUUCUCAUUUUCUCAUUAAAUAUAGGUGUAAACUUCAUUAUUUGAAUAAAACAGGAUAAAGAUGAUUUAUGUAUUUGUAGCUCAACUAUUUGUUAUUGCUAUUUGUGGGAUAUUUUUAUAACAAAUAACAUUAUUUUUAGUAUUCACCCUCCCUUACCCUUUUUGUGUAUUGAAUGUGCUGAAGUAAAUCUAAAAAGGACGAUUUAAAUUGCAGAAUGAUCAAGUAAUUACAGCAUCAAUUACUGCUUUUUAUGGAAUGAUAAUUUGUUGUGAAGACUGA